AAUAUCAAAACACUAGUUUGCUCCCUAUUGCAGAAUGCCAUGGUAUUUCAGAUCUACGCAAUGCUAUCGCGAACAUUUGACAGACAGAUCUUAGCAAGCGAUCCACCCUCAUACAAAGGAGUGGCUUUGGGUGGCAUUGCAGCAGGAGCAAUUCAGAGCCUAAUUAUCAGCCCUGUAGAACUGGUGAAAAUCCAACUACAAUUGCAAAGCAAGACCAAUCAAGUAACUAGACUCAAGGGUCCAAGAGAUGUCACAAGAAGAAUUGUCAGACAGGCAGGUUUGAGAGGAAUCUACCGAGGAUUAACUGUUACUGUCCUCAGAGAUGCACACUCUCACGGUCUAUAUUUCUGGGUAUAUGAGUAUACUAAGGAGCAACUUCAUCCUGGCUGUCGCAAGAAUGGCCACGAGAGCUUCCAAACAAUGCUCGUAGCAGGUGGUCUUGCAGGGUCUGUUAGCUGGAUAAGCUGCUACCCCUUAGAUGUUGUUAAGACCAGACUCCAAGCUCAAUCACAGUCUAAAACUGCAAAAUACCAUGGUAUUGUUGAUUGCUUCAGGCAAAGUGUAAGAACAGAGGGAUAUGGUGUGCUUUGGCGAGGCGUGGGAACUACAGUUGGCAGAGCAUUCAUAGUGAAUGGGGCUAUAUUCACUGCCUAUGAAACUGCACUGAGGUUCCUUUGCAAGCCACAAUGACAAUGAUCAUACAAAUGUCCAAUCUGAAAAUGCAAUUAUAAAACAGGACUAAAGAACUUCUUUAAUAUGCAUCAUGUUGUUGAAAGAGAAAACAUCCUGAGUAGGGCUCUGAAAUACUGAUCAUUCGUUCAUUAUGAUAGCAAUUAUUUAGCCAAUACAUCCAGAUGCAAGAAUUGACCGGAUUCGAUUUGAUCAU